AUGGCUACUUCUAAACUCUUUCAAUCUCUCCACCUCACAUUCUUCUUCCUCUUCUUCUUCUCUAACUCCGGCAACGUGAACGCAAGCCACAAUUACCGUGAUGCCCUUGCGAAAUCGAUUCUAUUCUUCCAAGGCCAGAGGUCCGGUCGCCUCCCCCCGCAAGAGAUCACUUGGAGAGCUAAUUCAGGACUUUCAGACGGCCGCUCGGCAGGCGUGGACUUGACGGGAGGGUACUACGACGCGGGCGACAACUUGAAGUUCAACUUCCCGAUGGCUUUCACCACAACGAUGCUCUCGUGGGGCGCGAUUGAGUAUGGGAAGAAGCUGGGCCCACAGCUGCAGAGCACGCGGGCCGCGAUCCGGUGGGGCACGGACUAUCUGCUCAAGUGCGCGCGUGCGACUCCCGGCAGGCUUUACGUUGGGGUCGGGGACCCGGGCUCGGACCAUGCUUGCUGGGAGAGGCCAGAAGACAUGGACACAGACAGGACACCGUAUUACGUGUCCGCCGCCAACCCGGGAUCUGACGUGGCCGGUGAGACGGCGGCUGCCCUGGCGGCAGCCUCAAUUGUCUUCCGAAAAACGGACCCAACUUACAGUAAGCUGCUUUUGAGUACCGCGCAGGAUGUGAUGCGGUUCGCAAUAAGCCACCAGGGUUCGUACAGCGAUUCGCUAAGUUCGAAAGUGUGCCCGUACUAUUGCUCCUACUCGGGUUACAAGGACGAGCUGUUGUGGGGGGCAGCGUGGCUGUUCCGGGCUACUAAUCAGGUUUACUAUCUGAAUUUUAUUGCGUCGUUAGGAGCUAGUGAUUCGCCGGACAUUUUCAGCUGGGACAACAAAUAUGCAGGUGCAUAUGUUCUUCUAUCAAGGCGAAGUCUGGUGAACAACGACCGUAACUUUCAGGCGUUUAGGCAACGAGCCGAAGACUUCGUGUGCAGAAUAUUGCCCAACACUUACUCCUCAUCCUCGAGCACGCAGUACACGCCAGGAGGUUUGAUGUAUAAAAUGGAGCAAAGCAAUCUUCAGUACGUGACGUCAAUAACAUUCUUGCUGACAACAUACGCAAAGUACAUGGCGACCUCAAACUAUAUUUUCAAAUGUGGAAAUAUACCAAUCACCUCCAAGACUCUACGUAGCCUAGCUAGAAAACAGGUGGACUACAUAUUAGGAGACAACCCGAUGAAAAUGUCGUAUAUGGUCGAUUACGGCACAGAUUAUCCGAAAAGGAUCCACCACAGAGGAUCCUCUGUGCCCUCGGUUAGUGUCCAUCAUCAGUCGUACGGAUGUGAUGGCGGGAAACCCUUUUUCUUCACACCGAAUCCCAACCCCAACACGUUGACCGGUGCAAUUGUUGGAGGUCCUAACCGGAAUGAUUUUUUUGCUGACGAGAGAACAGAUUACAGUCAUUCGGAGCCCGCCACUUAUGUCAAUGCUGCUAUAGUUGGACCCCUGGCUUACUUUGCUGGGGAUAACUGA